UUGAGUGUUGAGGGGGGGGAAGACAAGGAAAUCUGCGAGACGUGGGGCGAGUGGGGUGGUGGGGCCCAACAUGCACACCUACAUGGAGCGUUCCUAGCAACCUAGAAACCAGUAGUAGGAGAAGUUAGGUGAGUAUAGAGCGUUCACGCACAUUUCCAGCUUUAUUGUGGAGGGCAGCUCGGGCCCUCGGACUUGUUUUACAACAGCGCAGUCUUGGGCCCCGACGCAGACCUACUCCCGAGCGCGAUUCAAGAAAGCAAAUGAGGUCGUAGCUGCGAGCCAGGUCGGUCGCCAGGCCGCUGAAUGCCUCUCGAACGGCGAAGACCGGCUCGCAAAAUGGGGCUUUACGGAGCGCUGGUGGUCGCUCUGAUGGCCUCGCUCAGCAGCAUUGUUCUCGGCGAGCGUCGACUCUUCAUCAGGGAUUUGCCGGAGCCCAAAACGCGCUGUCGGAACACUGUUCAGGGCCUGAACAUGGUAACCGACGACCACGGCGUGGUCUGCAAGCGCAGCGAUCUUAGCUACUCGACGGGCUGCUGCACCAGUGGUAACCAGCACGACUGCGCCCUGUGUGAUAUGCGGGACCGGUGCUGCUCGGAGUACGAGUCGUGCGUGUCGUGCUGCCUGGCGCCACAGCACAACGCCGUCAGCAUAGCAAAGCAGGCGCUGAGGUCGCCGCGGCACAAGGACAGCGGAUUCUGGGGAGACCCGUUCGAGUACUGCAAGGGCAUCUGCCGCACACACAGCCGCAGCACCGCGCACGAGAACGCGUACAUCAGCUCGCGCCACCACUGCUUCAGCCAGCUGGGCCGGCCCAUGCUGUCGGACCCGCUGCCGGCGGGCGUGAUGGAUGGCGUGGAGGUGGUGACGGGGCAGCGCAACGCCAACUGCGACGACGUGUGCGCCGCCAAACAAAAGAAGUGCAGCGCCGACCACCUGCGGUGGCUGAGCAGCUGCGACCGGCUCCGCGAGCAGUUCGGCUGCGAGGCGGGCUGCGAGGUGGUGGCGGGGCUGGGGCCCUCCUAUGUGGAUGGUAACGCGCCCAAGCCGGCGCGGCCGGCCAUGUGCUUCGCGCAGCCGGCCGAAGGCGGCAAGCUGAGCUGCAGCGCACGAGAGGAGCAGCAUCUGAUGUUGUGCCCUUGCAAGUGAGCGUUGGGAGUUGAGCGUUGAGCGUUGGAAGGAACCGACUUUGAAGUCUAAGGGGGGGGGGUGUCUAGUGUGGUGGACUCUGCGGGUGUUUGCCAAGCUGGCUACUGGUGCCAGAGGCAACCAGCACGCCGUUUAAUGGCCAGUAAUUCCAGGGGAUUGUACCCUGCCGUAAUAACGGUGUACAGCGUGGUCGGAACCCGAGAUAAUGAUGCGACGCGGGUGGUAUGGGGUAUUUUGAGGUUGGUUUGCUGCGGUGGGUGAUCAGGAAGUUAGUGCUGAUCAGUUUGCGGCGCGCAGCUAAGAAUAGAUCCGUCGUUAUAUUCAAGAUUAUACUGACGUGCUGCUUCUGGGCAACUACAGGAAUUGCGAUAUCUCAGACGCAAAUGUUGCUGAACUCUCGCACUCCGACCGUGUCCUCGCGGGCACCCCAGCAAUCGCUUGCUGCCGCUCUAAAGGUUGCCUACGUGCCCCUUGUCGCCUCUACAAACAGCGUUGUGGGUCCGGCGCUAGCUUCCUCGACCGCAUCGACAGCCAGUCGCUGCCAAACAUCGCGGAUUGCAGUUCCUAUUCCCAUCGUAGUAUGCUGCAGCAGCAGCCAGCCUGCGACGACUGAAGGCGAGCUUGUAGCGUCUGUAAACUUGCGGCCGA